AUGCAUGCUCCAUCCAUCAACAUUCUGCUCGCUGUGGGCCUUCUCUUCUCUACCCCAUUCACAUCGGCUCUUGCUAUUCCCUCCAUUGAUAAAAAGUCUAUCGCUGGUGCAGGCAUAAAAUCCAUCGAGACUCGCGAAAUUCCUGGUCUCAUCAAUCGCCAUCACACUGAGGCCCAGAUCGCCGCCAAGGAGGCAAAGGCAAAAGGAAAGGGACAGCGCGAUGUUUUGGAGAGAGAAGCACAUCACACCGAAGCACAGAUUGCCUCCAAGGAAGCCAAGGCCGGGAAGAAGAAUGGACGCGACGUUGAAAGUAGACACCACACCGAAGCACAAAUCGCAGCAAAAAAGACAAAAGCUUCCAAAAGUCAACGUGAUGUAGAAGAAAGGGAACCUCACCACACUGAAGCCCAAAUUGCUGCUAAGAAGGCCAAAGCUUCUAAGAAUCAACGCGACUCUACCAUCGAGGAGCGCGAGCCUCACCAUACUGAGGCGCAGAUUGCUGCUGAGGAAGCCAAAGCUGGUAAAUUCAAGGGACAAUAG